UUAGCAUCUCAAACGCCAAGCGAAAUUCGCAAGGCGCGCGUGAAAAUUAUAUUUUUAAGGAAAUUAAGUGAAAUUUUAGUGUAAAAGGCUAAUUAAAGCUAGUGCAAACGUUAAUAAAGUUGCCAACUGCAUUUUUUUAUUGAGGGCAUAUUAUAGUGCGUAGUUUGUCACCGAUUACAUUUGCCUGCUUGCAAAAAAAUUGGGCGCCUUUUAUUGGUCACUGUCUGUUACCACUCAGUCCGUUGCGUGCCCUGUGCUGCUCCUUCGCGCGCGCACACACACACAAACACAUUUACACACUGUUAUAAUAAUAUAAAAACGAGUUCAGGAACAAAUAGGCAAAAAUGCCGAUUUGCAAACGCGACGGUUUUGAUCUAAAUCAAACAGAGGGCAAAAAUGAAACAUUCCACGACAACGACUUGGUCUUCUGCUGUUAUAUUACCAAGCGCAUAUUCCGCGAUUACGAAAACUAUUUUCGACAUGUUAUGGCCAUAAACUCGACGGUGUGGCAAUGUGAGGCCACUGGUAAGGAUGGCCUCACCUACGAGGAGGCGGUGAAGAGCGAACGCGUUGCACGCAAAAAGAUGGAACAGUUUAAACAGAGCUUACGUGCCCCCGUCCUCCUAGUUAUUGAACAUGCACGCCAGUCGGCUGUCAAGACGCUUAAUUUGAUUGUGUCCAAGUUUCUGCGUAAACGCUUCUUUCUCAAUGAAGAGGUGACCGUUACAAACAAGAAGAACACAGUUUUCAAAGUGGUGGGCAUUAAGGCGAGUGGAAACAUACCAGAGCCCGGUAACGGCAUUUACGAGGACACCGAACAAUUGGAAUAUCGUUUACGUGCGCCCAAUGGUAAUGAAAUUAAUGCGCCCUUCGAGCAGUUGCGUCGCCAGCGCGCCGAGUUUAACCAAGAGAAUUUGGCCAUGUUUAUCAAAAAUAACGUGAUUCGUGUGGAUGGAAUUUUGCGGCCUAAGCCAGAGAUCUAUAAACAAUAUGUGACCGAGCCGAACAUCAACUUUUCUAGCAUCUUUAUUGGCAAAAUGCCGCGCUACUCGCCGGCGAAAAUAAAGCGACCUGAAGCUAAGGAUACCAAAAAGCAAUCGACACUAAACAAGUACAUUGUUAAGGGAGAAGAAUCGACUGUUAAGAGCAAGGCCGAUACCGAAGCCAAAGCGAAAUUACUGGCCGAAGAAAUGGAGCGCAUUCGUCUUGAAAAGCUAGCCAAAUGUGCGGCGAUGGAGCGAGAAAAGGCACAAAAAAAGGCCGAAUUAAUGUUGCGUGUGGAGCAAGAAUGCUACGAUCUGACAACCAAAACGGAUGAUCUAGAGCGCAGCGAUCAGUCCGUGUUGCCCACGUAUCAUCCACUUGUAACAUUUCUUCCGGAUCAGCUUUUGGGCGAUGCCUUCAUGCUGCGCGAAUUUAUGCACACAUACCGUGGACUGCUUUCCGGCGUAGAGGUGUUUCGCCAAAAUCUAAGUUUCUACGAAAUGUCGCGCGCCUUUAGCGCACGCGAGGUGGCCGGUCCACUUUCCGACAUACUGCUUGUGCUGUUGGGCACAAUUUUUGAUCUGCAAAAGGAGGAGGAGGAGGAGUGCCCGGUGGCAUACGCGCUUGGGCGCACGCCGGCAACACGGGAGCCCUACAUCAGCAUGUAUAAUGCCUCGAAUUCCCAUCGAUAUGCCAAGCGGCAUUUCUCCUUUAAUCUGAACGAACUGCCGCUGGACGCGCUCACCUUGAGCGAGGUUCUACGGCUGCACUUGUUGGCCUCAGGUGCGGCUGUACUAGAAAAGGCAGAAAAGUGGCGCAUUAUGUACCGUAAUGGCUACUCAUCGCGUGAGGAUCCCGGUCUGCAGUUGCGCCUGCAGCACACUCACAUUUUGCGUGCCCUCAAAACCAAUUGCAUUGCUCAGCUGGAGUUUGAGGACAUUAUGCGUAUUAUAAACUGCCUAAUGGCGCAGAUCUUAACCUACUCCGGCACUAUAAACGUCGUUGAGGAACGCAUGGAGCGGACGGCCAAGGCGAAAACCGAACUGCGCGCCUUGAUCAUUGCCGAGAACAGACGCCUGGCUGCAGUCGAGCUGACCAAACGUAAGCUAACCAACGAGCACCAUCAGCAGUGCCUGACAGAUGAGGUAAAACAGGAUGUGGAGAAGAAAAAGGCGCUGGGUGAACAGCUUAAUCGCCGCAUUGCCGAUUUGCUGGCACAGUCGGAUCGGGAGCAGCGCAAGCACGAGCAGCAGGUGCUCAAGCUGCACUCGGAGCUGUUUAACUUUUUGGUCUACUUGGGCAUGGAUCGAUGCUAUCGCAAGUACUAUGUGCUGGAGUCCAUGCCGGGCAUUUUUAUAGAACAUUCGCCGGAUAGUAUGAUGGACACGUGCCUAGCCCAACCGCCGGUAAACAAGUCGCCCGCCGAGCUGCGCAAGCAGGCACAGUUGCCAAAGGUGCGCAAGGAUUUGCGUAUUUAUUUGGUAAAGCUAUAUAGCGAGGAAGAUAAAAAGAGGCGCAAAGCAAACAACAAACAAUCGCUCGAGAAUAAAGAGAACCAAGAGAAUCGGCUAAAUGGCCACGGACAAGGACAAUCGGGGGAGCAGAUGGAUGUGGCGGCCGGAGACGACGAGGAGCUGUCUCCACCUACACAAUUCGAGCUGCUAAUGUGCAGUGGCGAUAGCGCCAACUGUAUUGUCCAUGAUGAGCACCAUCCACAGCGAAAGGUCUGGUCGUAUAUCUACCAGGCUGAAGAGAUUGAUGCAUUGAUAAGAUCCCUGAAUCCGCUCGGCUGGCGGGAAUCAGAACUGCUGGACGAGCUCACUCAGCUGCGCUCUCUAAUCGAGCAGCAUGUGAAGAGCUGCCCGCAGGAGCUGCUCAGCCUGGACACCGAAAAGAAGCGCAACAAGUUCAUCAGCACCAUGCACUCGGAGACGCAGCGCAAAUAUAGUCAGGCUAAUUUCGGCCUGCCUGAGGGCACGGAACUUAACGAGGUUUUGCGAUUGCAUCUCGUGGAUUGUAUUCUGCAGUUCGAGACAGACAUUUACACCGGCGACUUGGGCAGGCUGAAGAUCAAGGACAUGGAAAAGUGGCGUCAGCAGCUGCUGCAGGAUGACUUUGAUGCUCAGUGCAAGUUGCAGUGGGGACCUCCUGGUCUGAUGUACAGCGAUGAGGUAGCCGCCGAUUCGGACAAUGAGUCGCACGAGGACUACGACGACCAAGAUGACGAUAAAGAUGAGGAUGCUAUAUUUUUGAACCAAUAUGCGCGAAAGAAGUAUGGCAAGUAUCGGGAUCCAGGUCAAUACAUUAGCCAAAGCCAAGACGCGUCAUCAACCGAGUCCCAGACACAUCGGACUCAAGUUCGCAACCUGGCCAGUGCGCUGCUGCAGGUAGAGCAAGCGAUUGGACGUCGUUUUCUAAAGGAGCCAUUCGGCUUCAACAAGAAACGCCAAGACACCAAGCACGAUCAGCAGAAGCUCAUCUGCGAGUCCAGGCUGCAGCAGUGGGAGGUAUCGCUCAUGGAGAGCACUAACUAUGCCCAGAUCUUUCUUCAUCUUAACAUUCUGCACGACUCCAUACUGUGGAAGCAUUCCACAAACAAGUCACUGUGCAAGGUGUGCCGACGCGGCACCGAUCCAGAGAAAAUGCUGCUCUGCGACCAAUGCAACGGCGGCACUCACAUGUUCUGCAUGAAGCCAAAGAUGCGCACAGUUCCGGAGGGCAACUGGUACUGCCACACCUGUGUAAAGAAUCUCGGCCUGAUUAAUGCCAGCGACGACAAGCAGCAGGAGCAAAAGAAACGCGCUGCCCAGAAGAAACGCAAGUUCAUUGUGGACGAGGUUGAUGAGGAUGUCGAUGAGGGUGUUGCAGAUAGUGACGGAAACGAUGAAGACGACGAUGACGAGGGCAGUGAUAAUGAGGAAACUGAGCUCAGUGAUGCACAAGAUGAUAAAAGCGAAGCCUCUUCUAUAUCCGUAAAGGCCAAUGGUAAGGCAGCAGCGAAAGGCUCAAGUGGACGCCGCAGUAGCAGGCGAUUGAAAUCCAAAGAAAUUGAAGAUGCAAUGCAGGAAGAUGAUGGUGAAGCCGCUGAUGAUGAAUCAGUGGAAGCAGAUGAAGCUGAAGCAGACGAGGACAACGAAGAGGAAGGAACCGAGGAUGAAAAGGUAUGCCAGACAUGUUUCUAUGACGGCUGCGAAAUUUGCUGUUCCCGCUGCUCCGAGUGGUAUCAUCUGGAGUGCGUCAAAUUAAAGCGACAGCCUCGCACGGAUUUUGUAUGCAAAAAGUGCAAAACAAAUGAAACACAACGCACCCGACGUCGCCCCAGUCAUGUCGAUGGCGAUGCCGACGAUGAUGAGGAUCACGAGGAGCCGCAGGCCAAGCGUGUGCGUUCCUCACGCAACUCGUUGCGCAUUUCCCUGGACAAGUCUGCUGCCAACAAUAAUAAUAAUAAUAAUAACAAUACCAGUAAUAACAAUAAUAAUCGUCGUUCAGGCCGCCGCACCAAUGACAAUCUGCCAUUAAAUAGCGCCGCCCUAUACGAUCUGCUAGAGCAGACGAUGAAGCAUCAGGCUGCGUGGCCUUUCCUGCGACCAGUUUUGACCUCCGAGGUUCCGGAUUAUCAUAAGAUAAUUAAGACACCCAUGGAUCUGGCCAAAAUCAAGUCCAAGCUAAACAUGGGCGAAUAUCAUUUAAACGAGGAGCUGCUUAACGAUAUCCAGUUAGUGUUCAAAAACUGCGAUCUGUAUAAUAUCGAGGGCAAUGAGAUUUACGAUGCUGGCUGCGAAUUGGAGCGAUUCGUUAUGUCGCGCUGCAAGGAAUUAAUGCUACCGUUUAGGCCCAGUGACAUGAACGCCGACUUAAUUUAAUAAGCCGUGUAUGGGGUCUUUUUACGUCUCUCAUGUAAAUUAAUUAAUAAGCUUUAGGCCAUAGACAAAGAACAAGCCAGCGUACAUAAUUAGACAGUAUUGUUUAGCUACCAGUAAUCAGAUUAAUUAAGAGUUAAAGGAUUAUCAGCCGCAUUCUAAAGAACGCACUCUUUUUUACAGUCUGUAAGUAUAAUUAAUGUUUCUACUUACGUUUCUCGCUUUUGUUUGCAUUUAGCAUAAUCGUUCGAACUGCGAACUAAAUAGUUAUUAGUUACAUUUUAGAAUUUAUUAUUAAUUGUACGCAUAAAUUAUUGUAGACAUACACACAGUUCACAGAAUUUAGCAUUCAAUAAAAUGAAAACCGAAUACUUGCAACUUAUCAAA